UACUUAUAAAAAUUAAAUAAAGGUUCUCGAGAUAAAAGCGCUAAAUGUCUCAUCGAUUAAUCGACCGAUCGUUGCAAAGUGCUAGAAUAAAGAGAGACGAAUCUCAUCGUGGAAGAAGCGUAACAUUGAUUUCCAGGAAAUUCCGUGAACAUAGCCCCCUACUAUCUGUACCACUGGCAGUGGGGAUGACGACAGGCAGAAGGGAGCAUGGUACACCUUACCAGUAAGGUAGGCGGAGCCUUUGACCGAAGAGUUAAUAGAGAUACAAUCGAGAGUGUCUAGUGCACUGCACUCCGGACUGCGGCGUAGGAGGAGUGAAGGGGACGGGGGCGAGGAGGGACAGGCGGUAAGUAGGGACCGCUGGUCCCCUAGUUUAGACAUCACUGAGCGACGGAUGGACAGCCAGUCAGACCCGUCACAGCACUCGCCAGAGUACUCGGAAACCCUCGGGAAAAGCCGAUAGCAGGAGUCUCCAGACCGGCUCCGAAGGCGAGCCGAUAAUUAACACGCCACUACCAUAUUGGAUGCAUGAAUACUUCUAGAGUAUUUCAUGCAAUGCCUUUAUCGUGCGAUACAUUAAGAUACGUUCGAGGCGAUUAUAAUAAAUUCAAAGUUUCGAAGAGAGUUAAUUGAGCAGUGGAUAACAAGAUUUCGUGCAAUCACGAAGUAAGUGAUUCGUGAUGAAUAUAGCGACACGUGAACAAUGACAAUAUUGGUGAAUGGUGUUGAACGAAUAAACUUUUGAGGUCGCAAGCGACUCAAAAAUUCGCAUUCAUCUAUGUGACAUCUAUAAAGAUUUAAUUUACGCGAGAGCACAGUGGACAGUGAAAUCAUGUGUUCUCUUCUCGAUAUGGCGAUUCUCUAGUCGGGGACUAGUGUCACUAUCAAUCUCCUGUCUCAUCUUAUCGAGUAAAGACUCUCUAAUACGAGAAAAAAUGGCUCUUGUGGCUAUGGAGAGUGCGUACAGAUUGCGAUUGGGGGUUGUAAACCACCACCAUCACGUGCUGUCAUCGGAGAGCCACGUAGUGCCGCGUCAGGAUCGUCAACCGGAUCACCAACAGGACACCGAGAGAUCGUUGCCCUUCAGCGUCGUCAACAUUCUCAAGCCGGAUUUCGGUCGCGAGGCCAUUCUCAACACGAAGGUACCGAACGAAUCCACAGUGUCCGCCGCUAUUCCCACGCAGCAUCCGCAACACAGUCCGCUUCCGCUUCCACGCGAUCUCAGCCUGUCAUCCACGCGCCUCUCGUCCCCGCAAUCGCCUCAGUUGACGAAUUAUUCGGGCCAUCGGGAGAAGGACGCCUUCUCGCCCCUUUGCGGGAUCACGUCACCUUUGCAGAGGCAUGGCAAUGGGCUCAGCAGAAGCGGCAGUCUCGAAAGCCUCGCGUCCAGCAGAAGCUCGGUCACCAGCAGCUCGGUCACUGGCCCGCCGUCCUUGUGUUCCACAUCGUCCACGAUCAGCGGCGAUUCUUUGAACGGCGAGAACACCGGCGGUAACACAUUGACGAGUCAGCAAAACAGCUCUAACAGUCAAAGUCUAUGGCCGGCAUGGGUAUAUUGCACCAGAUAUUCGGACCGACCAUCAUCUGGACCGCGAACAAGGCGAGUGAAACGUCCGCAGACCAGUAAGAACAGUUUGCCGGAAGAGAAGAGACCCAGGACGGCCUUCAGCGCCGAACAACUGUCCAGGUUGAAAAGAGAAUUCUUGGAGAAUCGAUAUCUGACAGAAAGGAGAAGGCAGGAGCUCUCGCGGGAGCUGAACCUAAAUGAGGCCCAGAUCAAGAUCUGGUUCCAGAACAAACGAGCGAAGCAAAAGAAGGCGAGCGGACAGAAAAAUCCAUUGGCUCUUCAACUAAUGGCGCAAGGCCUUUACAAUCAUUCUACUGUGCCGGUGGACGACGACGACGAAGAGAUCGUAACCGAGAGAAAUUGUUAAGACUCGCGUAAAUUUAAAUGGAAACGAUGAAACGAGGAGUUAAAGAUUGGAAUAAUGUGUUGCUAUAGCCACGUCUCUUAGGAACCAUCGUCAGCGUUGAGUGUUAUCGAUAAAGAAAGACAUUAAAAUAUUUAUAAAAAAUUACGGAUAUAAUAAUCAACGGUGAUUGAAUGAAGACUGAAAAUGAAACGCAACAAUAAAAUUGUUAUGAAAAGUGCAAUCCAAAAAUAAGGUAAAAAGUAAAAAAAUAUGAACAGUAAAUCGGUGUACUAGGAUAAUUCAAUGAAUAAGGUAACAUUAGCAACUGUACGCAUAUAACAUGUCUCGUUACCUUAUUUAUUGAAUUGCCCUCGUAUGUUGCCAUCUAUAUAUAUCUUGACGAAUGCCGAUAAGGCAGAAUUUUGCAUAAAAAUUAGCGAAUAAAUUUAUAUACUAUAUUAAUAAUUUAUACACGAGAGAAAAAUAAUAGAAAAUUAUUUGAUUUUAUCUUUUGCACUUAAAUGUAAAUAUAUGCAGAAUAUAUUGCUAAAAGAAUGGAAAGGAUGAAAUUAAAUAAAUUUUUUAUAACGAUAAUUAUAUAUAAAAUAUGAGAGGAAAUAAUAAAAAAUUAUUCAGUUUUAUGGUUAAAUACAGUGAGUAAGUAUUUGCAGAAUUAAAACACUGACAAGAUUUUAUGGAAAUGAAUUAAUAAUUUAAAUAUCAGUGUGUCCUUAUGUAAUUACUACUAAUAUUUUAUUCUUAUGCAAAGUUUUGCGAUCUCAUGAACUUUCAUCUAUUAUUUAUUGCCAAUAUCUUGUAUCUUUGAACACGAUUCAAAUCGAAAAAGUUGCUUUAGUUGUAUGAAGAGUCAUUCGUUUAGCAUAUAUUGUAUAAGGGCUUUAAAUCUAAAAUGUAUCUAGUAUGCCGUGAAUUAACAAUAAGACUUACACGCUUAUAGGAUGUAUAUAUAUAUUUAGAAUUAGUUUUUAAGAAAGAGUCAGAUUUAAUUAGUAUAUGUCUAUAUAUAUAAGUCUUAUAUAUCAAAAAUAUAAAUUAUUUAUUUCAUUGUACAUAAUGUGUAAAUAGCUUGUACUCUUGUGUAUAUGUAAAAUACCGAAUAUAGAUUAGUUAAAACAUGGUUACUAUAUUAUAUGAACGUGGAACGAUCUCACAUUGUAUAUAUAUUAUGCAUAUAUUCCUCAAUUCUCAUAAACAAACUUAGAUUCAUAUGUUAUACACGCGUAUAUAGACAUGGAAAAUAUAACGUACAACGUAUAUUUCCGCAAUAAAUGAUUGUAAUAUUCUAUGUAAUCCGCUUACGUUUCGUCUCCGAUUAAAUCGCGAAAUAAAAGAAAUCUUUAAUAUG